GCAGACGGAGCGCGCUUCGCAGCUACAGGAGGCUCUUUGGGGCCCCUGCGUCGGGCAGAGCUGCUGGGGGGCUGCUCCUCUUGGGCUCUGGGCUCCAGCUCGACCCCCGCAUUCCCUGCUUCCCAUACCCUCGCUACUGCCUCAUAAGAGACUCCUAGCGACCCCCCAGCUCCCUCUCGCCCCGCACUGCCUCCACCCCAUCCCUUUCCCCGGCUGCAAACUGCCGUCUCGCGCGCCUUCUAGCCCGGAGCUCUGUGGCCAUGGGUAUCAGAGGGAUGCUGCGAGCCGCCGUGCUCUUGCUACUCAUCAGGACUUGGCUCGCGGAGGGCAACGACCGCAGUCCUACCCCAAAAUUCCACUUGGAGCUCUCCCCCACCGUGCCCGAAGUCAUCUUGAACCUCUUCAACUGCAAAAAUUGUGCAAAUGAAGCUGUGGUUCACAAGAUUUUGGACAGGGUGCUGUCAAGAUAUGAUGUCCGUCUGAGGCCAAAUUUUGGAGGUGCCCCUGUGCCUGUGGGAGUAUCUAUCUAUGUCUCCAGUAUUGAACAGAUCUCAGAAAUGACUAUGGACUAUACGAUCACAAUGUUUUUUCAUCAAACCUGGAAAGAUCCACGUUUAGCAUACCAUGAGACCAACCUGAACUUGACCCUAGACUAUCGGAUGCUGGAGAAGUUGUGGGUCCCUGACUGCUACUUUCUAAAUAGCAAGGAUGCUUUUGUCCAUGACGUAACUGUGGAAAAUCGCGUGUUUCAGCUUCACCCAGAUGGAACAGUGCGGUAUGGCAUCCGACUUACCACCACAGCAGCUUGUUCCCUGGAUCUGCAGAAAUUCCCUCUGGACAAGCAGACCUGCAAGCUGGAAGUGGAGAGCUAUGGCUACACGGUUGAAGACAUUCUACUAUACUGGGAAGGCAAUGGGAAUGCCAUCCAGGGGACUGACAAGCUGCACAUUCCUCAGUUCAGCUUCCUGGGAAAGACAAUGACAAGCAAAGAGGUGUUUUUCUACACAGGUUCCUAUGUGCGCCUGAUACUGAGGUUCCUGGUCCAGAGGGAAGUCACCAGCUACCUUGUGCAGAUCUAUUGGCCUACUGUUCUCACCACUGUUGUCUCUUGGAUAUCGUUUUGGAUGAACUAUGAAUCUUCUGCAGCCAGGGUGACAGUUGGUCUGACUUCAAUGCUCAUUCUGAAUGCCAUCAACUCACAUCUGCGGGAUAAACUCCCCCAAGUUGCCUGUAUUAAGGCCAUUGACAUCUAUAUGGUCGUAUGCUUCUUCUUCGUGUUCCUGUCCUUGCUGGAGUAUGUCUACAUCAACUAUCUUUUCUACAGCCGAGGAGGAUCCCGGCGCAACCAAAGGCGACGCAGGAGAGCGCGAAGAGUCAUGGCCCGCUACCGCUACCGUUACCGCUACCACUACCACUACCAGGAAGUGAGCCUGCAGUCCCUUGCACACCGGAGAUCCCAGGAAGAGAUGAUUCUGUCAGAGGAAGAGAUCAACAGUCACAUUGCAAGUGCUGAUGUGGAAGGUCCUCUCCCUCCUCCUCCCUCCCCACCACCAGUGCUUAUUCAUGUAGGAUAUGAACCUCCUGACUUCAGAAAUGUCUCUACUAUCUCUUUGAAGGAUGACCAGGUUAGCAUAGAAGAUGAAAGUGGCUCUCUUUCCUCCAGACCAGUGCAGGCCUGCCUGGCAAGCCUAGAAAGCCUCAGCUCUUUGACCUCCAUCCCAGAGCAGGCCCCACUGGCCACCUCAGAAAGCCUCAGCUCACUAUCUUCUCUCUCAGAGCAGUCCUGUCUAGCCUCUAGAGAAUGCCUGAAUGAUCUCCCCUCCACCUCAAAGCAGGCCCUGCACAGCUAUGACAUUCACUUUAAUGGUUUUGAGAUUGAUGACAAUGUUAUUCCUACUGAAAUGCUCAACUGUGCUGAGGCCCAUGGCCAUGCUGAUACCCAUGAACCAGAAGACCCUGAAGAAAACUCGAGCUCAGAUGAGAAUCAUGGCCAUGGCCCCAGUGGGAGGCAUCUGCUUGUCUAUGGCCACAGGUGUGUGCAGGAAGCAAGCUGCAGCCUUGAUGAGAUCCGUAGCAACCUUAAUGAGAUUCGUAGCAACCUUGAUGAGAUCCGUAGCUUGCCUGAUGACAUCAGAGUUGAAAGCGGCUACCUUGACCUUGAGAAGCAACUCAGGAGCCCAGUGAGCCAGGGAGGCAAAGCACGUUGUCCCCAAUGUUCCAAGGGUGAAAAAUGGAGCGUCUGUAUCAUGCUUAAGGACAUGCAGCUAGUAAGUGGUAGAGCCGUUCCACUUGCUCUUCGUUCUUCUUAUCCUCUUAACUCUCUCAACUUAAGUGCUCCCCUUUCUCCUCCCCUCUUUACAAAUGGGGGUGCUCCAUCAGGUUCUGCUUAUUUGCCAGGCACUGAAUCUCAUUCUAUAGCACCUGGAACAUCUCUGCAGAAAGUGGCCAGUGACCAGCCAGAGAGUGUGAAUCAAGCACAUGGAACAUGGGUACUGCCCACCCAGUGGGGCUGCUAAGGGAAAUAGAAAGUAGCCUGCCCUCCAACUUUCCUAGCAGCUCCACCUCAUUAAUGGAGGCCAUGGGGGAACAAAGACUUGCCAAUCACUCCGCCUAUGUUUCUCCUUCCUGCCUGGGCAGCCUCUCCUGCAGCUUCUCAGCCACCUACCCUUUUAACUAUGUUUCUGUGUUUGUGUGUCUGUGUAUAGCUGAGUGCAUAUGUGUGUCAAAGUAAUUCUGUAUGUGCAUACAACCAUUUGAGAAGCUGUACAGCUCUAUGUAUAUCAAUGUAAAUCUAUACUGGUGUGUAUAAGAGUGUAUAUAUAACAACGUGUGGAUGCAUGUUUGUGUGUGCACACCCCUAUGAAAGAGUGUGUUUGCUUGUGUGUACACGCAUGGGUAUAUGCUGUGUGUGUAUGAGAACAUAUGUGCAUAUACCCAUGUAUAUUUAUCUGGUUUGAAUGAGUGUGAAAGGAAAUACACCUGAAAGCAUAUGUAUUUCCUGUUGGUGGCUCUUCUAGAACCACCUGAAUUCCUUUGGCCUGUUCCUGCAUAAGUGGGGGGCCAUAUUUGGCCGGGCUGGUUAACUGACUGUUUAUUUCCAAUUCCCUGUUCCAGGGAGCAGUGUCUCCCGGUCCCCAUCCACUCUUCUCCUCCUGCCUCCACCCAUCUGUGCUGUCUCCUGGAAAGAAGACACAGGAGAAGUGAAUGUAGUCCCGGGAAGUGACAAUUUAGUGCCUUGAGGUAGGAAGUGCUCAAACAUGGGAUAAGCUGGGAAUGCAGAGCAUUUUGCUUUGUCCUGAAAUGACAUGUUUGAGUAACGAAGGCAGGGAUUGGGGGGGGGGGCGGUGCCUUGAAGAUGCAUUAAGAAAUAUGAUGUAGAUAAUGGGUGGGGAAAGCUAAAGAACUGGAGAGGGAGUUGUAUAUAGCCUUUAUAACUCAUCCCCUUAUUGCAAUCACAUUGGAAGCCCGACACGUGUGGGGGCUGAAGGCAGCCAAAACCAAGUGGGUUAUGUGAGGAAAUAACCCAGGGUAUCAACUGUGGAACUGUGGUCAGAGAACCAAAGGUGCUUGGGAGAGGGCUCAAGCAUGGACAGUGGAUGGGGGGGCGGGGGGGCUUUAGGGGGCAGGAGCACUGUAGUAACCCAACCUGCAUCUUGGGAUGGCCUUUGAUUUGGAUUCCAGAACUCCCUCCUCCCACCCACUCCAGGGAAAGAGAUCAUCAGAGGGGUGAGAGGAUUGACCAAGGAGAGAGGUGCAAAGGAGCACCAGGGGCUGACUACCUACAUCAGCCCAGGUUGCCAUCUCUCUUCUACACACACGGCAUACAAAUAUAGCCUCCUACCCAUAUCUACAGAGACCUACACAGUCACACAUACAUGUAUACACAUGUGGGCACUCACCCUCGGCAUCAAACAGAUGUAUACACAAACACGUGCACACUCACAGCCACAUAUAUAUUCACACAUACAAGCACACACGAUUACUCUUAUAUUUGUGUGUAUGCACACGCACACACACAAACUUAUAAAACAGCUAAAACUAAAAAAGUUGCCACUGGAAUAUCUAAGAUUGCCUCUCUUUUUUUGGACACCUCUCACAGAAAGAUCCAGGUCGGAAGGAGAGAAAUGACCCUACAUCCAAGGUUCCCAUCAUGGCUAUUGAAAGACUUGCUUCCUGGAGCCUCAACAUUGGUUGAUUGAUUGGGAUUUGGGUUUCUAGGACCCUGGAGGGCCUUUGAGCCCUGUGGGAAAUGAGUGGUUUAUUUGGGGUGAUGUCAUGCAGAGAGAUUGAGCAGUGGGGACCAGAAAGUAGGUUUGAAGAUGCGUCUCGCAGCAAUGCACAGGAAAGCUUCAGAGCACAGAGGAGGGGAAGAGAGGCCAGUUGUAAAUAUCUCUGUAGAUUCAUGUAGCUAGAUAAAAUAUUUAUACCUUAAAAAGAACAUCUUGCCCUAAAGUGCUGCAAUGAGAGCAGUUGAACUCAACUGCAACUCACACUGUGUGAGGUUAUGUGUCAAGGCGAGGUGGAGGUUUGGCAAUGACACCUUUGCAGAAGUUUGAACCUUCUGAGUUUGUCAUGGACUUGAUCGUUUUAGCCUGAAAAUUGCCAGAUCUCCCCUUGUUGUGUUGUGUGUGUGUUCUGUUGUCAGCGUCAUUGUUGAGCCCCAUCCUCAGCCAGCUGCCUACAUCCCGUCCCACUCCUCACCUCCCACCAAGUAACUCUGGAAGUGCAGAGCAUCUGGCAGGGCACUAUUGGAGUUCAGUCCACAGAACCUUCCUUUCUCAGCCCCAGCCAAUCAGAGAGUGCUUGUGGUGAGAUAAUUUGGAGCUAGGGCAGAAGGAAGGGUCUUGCUGAGUCUGGGGUGGAGCAACCCUCACUUCGCCUUUCUACCUAUCUUUCCUCUUCUUCACAUGGGCUAUCCCAUUAACUCUUCCCCUAGAAUUCCUUCUCCACCACUACCACAGGAAGAUACCCUCUGUCUCUUCAGAGUGGCAUUUUGUUGUGAGGAUGUGUGCCUUUACAGAGAUAAUGGAUGAUCUGUUGGGUCUUACUGGAGCUUGUAAAAUGUAUUCUUACAAUCUGUGUCAUCUUGUUAAUAGCAAGGCUGUAACGUCUUUGCAUAUCUAGAACUGAGUUUUACUGAGACCGUGGCCAUUCCUAAUGAGGUUUCUUUAUUCUGUACAUAAAAGAACUAACCCUUUGAGCUAUUAACUAAUGAAUGCAUUUGCUAAGCUACCAACCUGCAUGGUACCUUGCCGUGGUGAUGAGCAUCAAAGGAAAUUGUGACUUGUCCUAUUGAGAGCGCAGUGUGUUUGUGUUUAUUGUGUAGUGUUCUAUGAUCAAUAUGAAAUCUCUAUUAUCAGUGUUGGGUUUUCAGGGUAGGGAGGGGGAGGGUGUUACAGUGUCUCUCUGAUGUAUUUCAAUUAUAAAAUAGCCCCAGUUGGUCAGGGUCACCUCUCUUAAUUCAACAUGUGUGAGACUUUGCACCCACUCUAUCUUGCCGGACUGUAUCCCUGGGGUCAGAAGCCAUCAGCAGAACUGAAGGUGCCCGAGUGUAGUGAAACUGGCUGUGGUGCCUGACUUCAGGCAGUGCCAGAGAAUUCUUCAGACAGGCAAGGCAGUGCAAUUCUGAGGCAGUUAAAAUACAGUAAAAGCACAAACAUGAAGGUCUUCAUGGAAACCAAGAGAGGAGGAGGACCAAGAGCCACGUGUCUUACUGGCCUGACCUGCAGAAGGGUGCAGAACAGCAGAGACACCCCCCCCCAGAUGACCCAGUUCCCUCUUUGUCCUCAUUAAAUGUACAUUUUUGUAUGAAAAAGACCUUGACCAGUCCGGACUAAAAGAAGGAAAACAUGAAGAAACAUAAAAUUAUGCUUCUGAAAAAUAUGCUGAAAUAAAGGUUUAUAAAUAGCCAAAAGGAGAAAAUAAAUAUAUA